UGUGCUGUGAGAUCAUUGCGGUUAAACAAAUUACCGGGUUUUAAAACAAAUUAUUUGUUUAUUUAUCUGACACAGUUUGUCUUCAUGGUAUUGAAAUAAACUUUUUAUUAAAAUUCACCGGUUAAAUUUAUAUUGCAAAUUUGACAAGUGUAUUGCAUCAGAAUUGAAAUCUAUGACCGUGAAAAACAUCUAGGUUAAUUAAUAAAUUAAUUUCAAAAAAUGUUACGUUCUUUAAAAAAUUUACAAUCGUGUCCUAAGUUCAUUCCGUUUCAGCGACCACCAGUUGGAUACUCAACGCAGCGAUUGCAACCGCCGACAAGACCACCAUCAAAAGUUCGGGAGACGUUUCAGAAGAUCGCGACAUUUUUAGGCUCAUCGAAGUACUCUCCGAUCUCUUGGCGGAGUUUAGCGAUCGGUGGAACGGUGGGUGGCGCUUUUUUAUUGUACCUGGAGUAUUUGAAGCAAAAGAAGGAUCUGAUUGUUGACAAAGAACGUAGGAGGACACUCGGAAAAGCAGCAAUCGGAGGGAAAUUUGAGCUGGUUAAUUCUAAGGGUGAACUCGUUAAAUCUGAUGACUUCUUGGGUCAGUGGGUGCUCCUUUAUUUUGGAUUCACUCACUGCCCUGAUAUCUGUCCAGAUGAACUUGAAAAAAUGGUCUCUAUUAUUAAUGAACUAGAUCAAAAAAAUAUAAAAAUUCAACCAAUAUUUAUCUCCGUGGAUCCCGACAGAGACACACCAGAAGUUGUUGGAAAAUAUUGCAAAGAGUUUUCAGAUAAAAUAAUUGGAUUAACUGGCAACAAGGAGCAAGUCGCUAAAGCUUGCAAAGCUUAUCGUGUUUACUUCAGCAGUGGACCCAAGGAUAAUGACAACGAUUACAUUGUUGAUCAUACGAUAAUAAUGUACUUAAUAGAUCCAGAUGGUAUUUUCGUAGAUUACUAUGGACAAACCAACACCGCAGAACAAGUUAUGGGCAGCAUACUUCUCCACAAAGCUAAGUUAAACAAAUUGAAAAAUGAAGACUCGUGGCUCCCGUUUUUAGGUGUUGAAAAAGCAGAAAAUGCCGCAUGAUUAUUUUUUAUAUACAAGUAUUUUUACUUUAUUUCUUAUAAUAUUAGAUACUAAAUUUAUAAUUGUUAUUCACGGUAAGCUCACUUGUACUGUAGAUAAGUCACAUUUAAUUUUAAAAAUUAUUUGUAUAAAUAAUUCAUUAAUAAUAUUAAAAAAAUUUAUUUAAGAGUU